AAGGCUGUGAAAUAAGAAAACAUUAAAACAAAACAAACAUUGAAACUUGCAAAUAUUAUGUCAAAGUCAAAGCUAGUGUUUGACGUGUUUGUUUUUCGUACUACAGGCUCGCUUUGUUAUAAUAAUUAUGACAGUAGGUAGUUUUAUAUUUCGUAGCUUGUGUUUAUCAAAGAAAAAUUCAAUUUGAAUGAAGGAAAUAAUUUGGAAAUGGCAAAAAAUAAAAUUAGUGUCAAGAAAAAUUGCCCAUUUUGUGGAUGUCAGGUGGCCGUAGCAUCUAAGAACUGCCCCAAUUGCAAACAUUCAUUUUAUGAAGCGAAACAAAAAAGCUUAGGAUUACUGAAUAAUUACCAGUCUUCUUCCACCAAUGAAGAUACCCCUUCUGGGAGCAGUAGAAGAACGUCAAGGAUCAAAAGAGAAAAACCCAACUACUAUGAUGCUUCAGAAUUUGAGAAGAAAACAAAAAAGAAGCGGACAGGGACAGGCAAUCCUCGAGGCAGACCACCCAACAACCCUCAGACACAAGGCUUGAAAACUAAGAAGAAAAAGAAGCACAAUAAAGUCGCCAGAGAUGUGGAAGAAGAUGAUGAACCAAUUGUGCUUAAUGCGGAAAAACAGUUGCAGUGUUCUAUUAUACUGGCAGAGCUAAACAGAAAAUUUGUUGGGACAACUUUUCGUAUAAUUUGAAUUUUGUUGUAAGAUAUAUUUUUUAUGAAGUUGCAUUAUGAUAAAUGCUGUAAGAGUGAAAUGUGAUCUUUGUAGUUUUAGAUUUUUUACAGUUUUGUAAAUAAACAGUUUGAUUCUGCUAA